AGUCCAGGAGGGUGCCGGCCAAGGGAGGGGGCGCGGCGUCCGUGAAGUCCGGCGCUCCCGCAGGCGGUGGAGGCGAUGCUGGCUGCUGCGGGGCAGGCGGCUGGACGGACGGGGAUGUGACGGGACUGCCCCUCGCCUCUCUCCCAUCCUCGGGAGGGCAGGUCGCUGGGCGACCGGCAGCCGGGCCGCGGCCGAGGAGGCAACGCGACCUCCGCACGAUUCUGUCAAGUUUUAAGAACCAAUGCACCUUAUAGCCCAUGGAAGAAAAAACACAAAUCAAGACAUUUUUGGGUUCCAAGCUGCCGAAAUAUGGAAUGAAAUCUGUGAGAAGUACAUUGCAGCCGAUGCCAAAUGGGACCACUGUGACUUUAUUAGGGACCUCCAAGAGUAGUAAUGUCAAAAGUUACAUAAAAAAUAAUGGCUCUGAUUGUUCAUUGUCCCAUUCAUUUAAUUGGAGAAAAACAAAUAAAUAUCAACUUGGUUCACAAAAUACAGCAGAACUUAAUAAUAUUCAAAGUACACAUGAUAAACUAAUUGAUCCUGAACAAUAUGCGCCUGCUCCAGGAACGCUGGAUGGGCAUGGGAUAAAGGGAGGUUUGAAAAGUGCUUCCUUGUUCACAUCCAAGUUAGCAAGACCAUCAACCAUGUUUGUGUCAUCGGCAGAGGAGUUAAGUCAAAAAUCUUUUUCUGGACCGUCUAAUUUGGGUAAAUUUACCAAAGGCACAUUACUAGGAAGGACUUCAUAUUCUUCGGUCAAUGCAAAGUCACAUUUGAAUGCAUUUUAUGGGAACCGAUCCCCUGGUAAUGUGCAGAAGCCAAGAGUGAACUCCUGUGCCAGCAGAAGUAGUUCUGGAGAAAGCUUAGCACAGUCCCCAGACAAUGCUAAAUCUAUUACUUGUGAAAAAAUGGUAAGGUCACAAAGUUUUUCACAUUCCAUGCAGAAUUCCUUCCUUCCACCUUCAUCUAUCACCAGAUCACAUUCCUUCAACAGAGCUGUAGACCUUACAAAGCCUUAUCAGAACCAACAGCUCCCCGUUCGAGUGCCUCUCCGGUCAGGUAUGCUAACAAGAAGUUCUCGGCAGUCAGAAGUACUCAAUGGGAACGAGCACUUGGGGUUUGGUUUUAAUAGGCCUUAUGCUGCUGCUGCUGCUGGAAAGAAACUGGCUUUAUCCAAUGGCCCAGGUGGAUCAUCUACUUUGGUUUAUAGGAUGGGUCAUCCCUCUCUACUGAAGUCUAGCCGACCUCCGUUUUCUGGGCCUAUGACAGUUGAUAGUAAUAAAAAUCCACCUGCUGACAUGUGCGUAGAAGAAGAAGGUAUGGUUUUGGCCCAGGACAGCUCUCUUGGUAAGGACCAGGAGCUAAUUGAAAAUGAAAGUUACCGAAGAGACAAUGACCAGACUAUGAAGCACGAUUCUAAAAUUAGGUACCUGAGUGACGAUGUGGAUGAUAUUUCCUUGUCGUCCUUGUCAUCUUCUGAUAAGAAUGAUUUGAGCGAAGAUUUUAGCGAUGAUUUUAUAGACUUAGAGGACUCCAACAGAACUAGAAUAACUCCAGAGGAAAUUACUCUCAAAGAAGAAAAGCAUGAAAACAGACCAUCAAAGGAUAUAUUUGAUUCUCCUAAGGAAAGUGAACAGAUCUUCAGUAAAGCUGAUGAAUGGAUAGAUAUAAGUGUCUCUGACAGGAGUGAAUGUACAAAGCAUACAUCUGGAAACAACUUGAUUUCACCGGAUACGGAUUACAGAGCUGGGUCUUCAUUUGAACUCUCUCCAUCUGAUAGCUCUGAUGGAACGUACAUGUGGGAUGAAGAGGGCCUGGAACCCAUUGGGAGUGUCCAUCCUGUCGGCAGCUAUGAGUCCUCUGAAAUGAACAGCAUAGAUAUUCUGAAUAAUCUUGAAUCGUGUGACCUUGAGGAUGAUGACCUUAUGUUGGAUGUGGAUUUGCCGGAGGAUGCACCUCUUGAAAAUGUGGAGUGUGACAAUAUGAACCGCUUUGACCGAACAGACAGAAAUGUACGACAGUCGCAGGACGGAUUUUGGAAAAGGACACCCCAGAGGUGGAGUGGACAGGACCAUUACCACCUUAGCCAUCCUGAUCACUAUCAUCACCAUGGAAAAAGUGACCUGAGCAGAGGCUCUCCUUAUAGAGAAUCUCCUUUGGGUCAUUUUGAAAGCUAUGGAGGGACCCCCUUUUUCCAGGCUCAGAAGAUGUUUGUAGAUGUGCCAGACAACACAGUGAUCCUGGAUGAGAUGACCCUCAGGCACAUGGUCCAGGAUUGCACAGCUGUAAAAACGCAGUUACUGAAACUCAAGCGUCUGUUACACCAGCAUGACGGAAGUGGAUCAUUGCAUGAUGUUCAGCUCUCAUUGCCAUCCAGUCCAGAGCCAGAAGACGGCGAUCAGAUAUAUAAGAAUGAAGAUUUACUAAAUGAAAUAAAACAACUUAAAGAGGAAAUAAAGAAAAAAGAUGAAAAAAUCCAACUAUUAGAGCAGCAGCUUGCAACCCGAUGUAACUGUCACCAGAAAUCUAAAGAGGAAAGGUGUACAUAUGCUGAUAAAUAUACCCAGACACCCUGGAGAAGGAUUCCUCCUCAAGUACUACAGCCUUCCAGCAGCCUUCCCAGAUCUACAGACCACGCCCAGGGAAAAUUAAUAAAGUCACAACGUAUCGAGGCCCACAGUGAAUGUGCAGUUCAAGGCAGGUGUCCAGGUGGUGCACAUCCAGAUGGAAGCUUUACACAUGGCUUGCAGCAAGACAGCAGCCGUGGUUUGGAAGUGCGUCCUUCUUCGUCAAGCCCACAGUUGACAGUGGAUGUGGUGAAGGGCAUACCUUCUGAAAUGGACCUGAGCAUGACUCUGGAUGCUCAAGAGUCUCAUCAUUUGGCAGAGAAAAAACCUAGUGACAUGCAGUUUGUAACUCCUCCUCCUCCUCCUCCUCCUCCUCCUCAGACCCCUUCCCAGUCAAGUACAGUGGACCAGACUAAGAGGGGUGGAAGAAACCAGUGUCCUCAGCCCAAGGCCUUGCAGCUUUUAAAGCCAUCCAGCUUGAGUUCUUUGACACCUCCUCCAGAUUCUGACUCAUCACCAAGUAGAACUUCCACAUGUAAGAAGGCCCCAGGAAUCACACCAUGCAAUUCAAAACAUCAGCCAACAUUGAAUCAAAACCAUCCUGCAAAUCAUUUGAAUCUGAAAACAUCUAAACUCCGUCCCCCUUCUGGCUCUUUCAAGCAAAAACAAAUAAGCAAUCCCCAAGUAGAGCCUCAAAACUUCCAGGCCAAGACAAGCAUCCCAAGGCCGUUAACACGGCCAAAAGAACUGCAUGCUCCACACAGCAGUUUGCAUUCUGGGGAUUGUGUGGCCUCUAAUCGAUAUUCUCGUCUUCCUAAACCAAAGAUACAUUAAGUGCAUAGCCAUCACCUGCCAAUUUGUUUUUUGAAAACAGUCUGCUCUCUAAUAGCUUUAUGUGCAGCUUAUUACUAUGUUGGAGGUUCCAUUUCAGCAAAUCUUAAAAUUAAAAUGCAGAAGCUUCUACUAGUUUGGGUCUUCCAUUUUAUAUCCUGGUUGAAUUACACACCAUUUGCACAUACUUGUCUCAGGUAAACACAAGUUUACUUCUCCAUCUCAGAGGCCCAAGUCCCUCCUCAUGCUAUCCAGCCCUCUCUCUACAUUACCAGAAAAGUCAAAAUAUUCCAUUUAUCAGGCAGGAUGUGUACUUGGCUGAUUUAGUCCUGUUGUGGUUUGUAAUAACUGGUUAACAGACUCUCACCCCAAUGCUUAAUCUUCUUGUGAAUAUGGCUGCUAUUUUAACUAAAGAGUCAAAGUGAUGAUGGAAGCGAGUUGUCUGUAAGCAGGGUUCUGGCCAGGUUUUGUGUAUUUAUGAGGUCUAUGCAAAAGGUCCGUAAUGAGGAAAGACCAGGCUUUUAGUGGGGGAGUCCUUAGUAGUUUUAUCUCUCCUUUCUAGGAUCAAUAAUCUAGUCCCAAUGUUUCUCCAUUUAUCAGACAAAUUCCCAUGCUGAGAGUUGACAUUAUUUUAUGUAAACCAGUUCUAUGUUGCUGUAACAUCUUAUUUUACACACACAUUUACUCUUUGCUUAUAUUGCUACUGGGUAAAUUUGGAGAGCUUGAGAUGCCUAUGGCAUAUCAGUUGUAACCUCUGUUGGUGCUAGAGUUUUGUGCUGGUAAUUGAGUUUUGAAUCUUAUUAACUUGUGGAUCCAUCAUACUACUUUCAAGUUUCCAUAACAUACAUUGAAAAUUUAAAAUUAAGUCUAUUAUAAUAUUUGUAUUUAUUGACUUUUUCCUAGUGUCUGAAGACUAGAAUAAUGGACUUGAGAUAUUUGCACAAAAUUUUGAUGAGAUAUAAAAGAGGGUUUUAAAGCUUAUUUUCUAUAAAAAAAAUGAGUUAAAACAAUUUAAGAGAAAUAUAUAAAUUUAAGACUAUCAUAAGUUACUUUUUGGGUUUCCUAAGUUUCUCUUUUCUGUUGGUGGAAGGUUGAAUGACAGUUUCUUGAAAAGUAGAUUUGGGGGAAAUUAAGUUGUAGGUAGGAAAGAAGAAGGUAGCUGUGGGUUAAGAGAGAUUGUUCUAGAUGUGGCUGUGAGCCUCCAAGUGACCAUGCACAGGGACCCAGCUGUGCUUCUGCCAACUCCGCAAGCAGUUGAGUGGACUUACCUCAUGUUUGCCCAAAUCAUGCCAUCUUUAGGCUGGUCAUAAUUUGUUUAAUAAUUCACAUUAAGAUUUCUCAGAAAGAUAACCUUACAGGAGCAAUAUCUGAUUAGCUGACCAAAAAUGCAUCGAAAGGAAUUAUGGCCAAAACAAUUAAAUGUCUAUGACUUCCUUUUUAAGUGUACCUAGGUUACAAAGAGAAACAUGAUAUCAAAUGCACUAGUGCAAAGUUACACAGUCACAUUGCUGCGAUUUGGGGGCAGUCUUACCUUAAGUGUCAGAACCCCUCAAGUGAAGUUGUCUUUUGGAGAUGCAGACCUUUUCCCAGUUUGGGCACAGGUGAGCAGAGUCUCACACCACAGCACGUUAGUCAGAGGAGGCACAGGACAUGCUGCGCACGGGUUAGAUGGUAUUGAGUCGUUGCUGCUGUGGGCAAAAGCACUUAUUCUUCGUUCAUGAAAGUGAGCCAGGUUGGCUACAGGCGUAUGCGGGCACAUACGUUUUCUCCUUACUGAGAAUGAAAACAAAUCUCAUGUAUUGCACAUCAGCUACAAUCAUACUCUAUUUCUAUUCCCUGCAAUAGAACAUACUAAUUAGUGUAUUAGGGUUUUGUUUUUUUAAUUAGAGACUUUUAUAGACUUUAUGGAAUACUUCUGCAAAUUGGUUUAUCCUUGAAGGAAAGUUUUUUUUUUUUUUAAUUUAUUUAUAACCCUCUUGUCUGAGGGAAAUGUCUUUGUUGUCUAUUAUGUUAAAGUGUUGACUCCAGUAAUUUCCUUAUUCUAAUCUUUGGCUCACUUUAAUUUUUUCUCCCUGAUAAAUUUGUAGAAAUAUUUAUCCACCAGUUCACCCUCUCUAUACCUUUGUUGGGCCUUAGUCUUAAUAGAAGAUAGGCAGUCUUACCAAUGCAUUUUGUUCUCCUUGAGAUAAGAGCCUCACACAAUGCCAAGCUGGUCUCUAAUAACUCACUGGGUAGCCAGAGAUAACCUUGGAAUUUUGAUCUCCUGCCUCCAUCUUCAGAGUGCUGAGAUAACAGGCGUGCACCACCACCCCUGGUUUUGUGUGGCACUGGAGACAGACUCUAGGGCUCCGUGUGUGCUCAGCAAGCACUCUACCGAGUGAGCUACAUUCCCAGCCCUCAGCAGAAUGCCUUUGAAGCAUACUGUGUGCUUCAAAUACACUACCCAGAGAUGCAUUCACCUAGGAUGCAUUCACAAAUAACAUAGACCAUUGGCCUGCAGUUUUCUGGAAAAGCUGCAGGAAUAUCAUCUUGUCUGCUCCUAGUAAUACUAAGCAGUCCAAAGGAGGGCCCAGCACUGCUCAACAAGCAGAGCUCAUUUUCUCCAUGUGGCUCAUUCUGUUGAUUGCGUGUGCAAACCACAUCAACUCGCUACCAACUGCCCUCUACAAGAACAUAGUUCACUCCCCCUGUUCUGUCAGGAAGACAGUGGGAGCGGGUGAAUUCUAUGUCCCAAGGGUGAGGUUGGUUAAUUUUCACAUGUAUGAAAGAGAAAAGAAUACACAGAAUUAUUUACUUGGCUCUUUAAUAGGAUGCAUUUAAAAAAAAAAAGGCUGUUCUUUGAGCUAGAGUUUUGCUUGGUCUAAGAUGUUCAUUGGCAUAGGUACAGGUGGUUUCAAGACAUCCAACAGAGGGUUAUAGAGUUGUAUUAUUUGGAAGAUUUUUAAACACUGAGACUUAUCUACCUGUUGUUUUUCUUUUGGGUCUCAUUUUUUUAUUUGUAUAGUAUUUUCAGGCACAUCGACUACUGCUCACUGUAUUUAUAUAGAUGUUAGGGAACUUUCUAAGCAUUUUAGUAAGUAAAAAUCUAAGUAUGAAAGAAAAUAUCAGAUAUGCACUUUAAAUGAGCUUAAUUGCUUGGAGAUGUGCCUGAAGUAUCAAUUUGCCUCCUCUGGGUGUGGCUUUUGUUUAGUAAAAUGACUUUCUCUGCAGUUGUUGCUGUUUGAAGGUAGCUGUAUAGCUUUUCACAGAACUGUAUGCCAGCAUGCCACUUUGCCCAUGAUAGCACUAAAUUUUCCUUGAAUGUCCAUCAUGCCUUGAAAUAUUUUACUCAGUGUAUCAAGACAACUUGAUCCUGGUAACGUCACUUCCGAGGUUCCGUGCCAUAGAUGGUGUUCCAGAUGCAGGUGGCUUCCUGGUUUUCCACCAGAGUGGUCCUACCAGUUUCCUGAGGUUGCACUUUGGGGUCCAGUAAGACUGCAGCCCCAUUUCCACUCUCUCCAUCCUCCACAGUAGCUUCCGUGUUGCUGAGUUAGCUUGGGUAGUUACGUUUGCAUGCAUGUGCACACACACAUUUGAAAAUGAAGUAUAGCCGUAAUAUAAACACGUGGGAUUUUCCUUGGAGAUGAUCACCGGCUCUCUUCCUCCUUCGAAUGCUUGAGUUCUGUUUUCUGUUGGUCUUUCCACAGGUCCCUUUAACUUUCUGCUGCAGCAAUUUGAGAGGAUGUAUUUGGACAAAUGAUUAUGAGGUUCCUAUAAUUAUGUAGUUGAUUAAAGAUUGUGUCUUCACCUUGUUGAAUAAAAGCUGCCCCUUUCUUCCUGGUAGAGCAUUACCACGAUGAGUAAUGCUGGCCUUGAGAACCUGGUCAUGAUUGACUAAAACCAGAAACAUUAUCUGCAGUGUUCUCCCAUUGAUUGUACAGUCCAGUUCAGAGUACAUAAUGUAUAUUAGAAUUUGCCUGUAAAAUGAAUUAUGGAAACCGGAUGUAAAGUCUCUUUCCUGAAAGUGUUGGCUUAGUAAAUAAAAAAUAAAGUUCAUAAUUAUAAA